AUGACUGACAUUACAUGUGUGACUGACAUUACAUGUGUGACUGACAUUACAUCUGUGGCUAACAUUUCAUGUGUGACUGACAUUACAUCUGUGGCUGACAUUAUAUGUGUGACUGACAUUACAUGUGUGGCUGACAUUACAUGUGUGACUGACAUUACAUGUGUGACUGACAUUACAUGUGUGACUGACAUUACAUGUGUGACUGACAUUACAUGUGUGACUGACAUUAUAUGUGUGACUGACAUUACGUGUGUGACUGACAUUACAUGUGUGACUGACAUUACGUGUGUGACUGACAUUACCUUUGUGACUGACAUUACAUGUGUGACUGACAUUACGUGUGUGACUGACAUUACGUGUGUGGCUGACAUUACAUGUGUGACUGACAUUACGUGUGUGACUGACAUUACAUGUGUGACUGACAUUACGUGUGUGACUGACAUUACCUUUGUGACUGACAUUACGUGUGUGACUGACAUUACGUGUGUGACUGACAUUACAUGUGUGACUGACAUUACGUGUGUGACUGACAUUACGUGUGUGACUGACAUUACGUGUGUGACUGACAUUACGUGUGUGACUGACAUUACAUGUGUGACUGACAUUACGUGUGUGACUGACAUUACAUGUGUGACUGACAUCACGUGUGUGACUGACAUUACGUGUGUGACUGACAUUACCUUUGUGACUGACAUUACAUGUGUGACUGACAUUACGUGUGUGACUGACAUUACAUGUGUGACUGACAUUACGUGUGUGACUGACAUUACAUGUGUGACUGACAUUAUAUGUGUGACUGAGAUUACAUGUGUGACUGACAAUGCAUGUGUGACUGACAUUACAUGUGUGGCUGACAUUACAUGUGUGGCUGACAUUACAUGUGUGACUGACAUUACAUGUGUGACUGACAUUACAUGUGUAGCUGACAUUGCAUGUGUGACUGACAUUACACUAUGUAGCAGACAUUACAUGUAUGGCUGA